AUGACCCGCGCGCAGCAGACCAUCUCCAUUGGCCUCUUGGUCUCCUCUCUCUACUUUGCUCUCUUCCUAGAGCUCAUUCCUCUCCCUCCUCUCGUCCAGCAAGAAAUCGUCCCAGUGCUCCCCUUCUGGGCCCUCAUUUCCUUCGGCGCGUUCCUCCUCUUUCGUCUCGGCUGGGGCGUCUUCACCUUCAACGAUGUCCCCGCGGCGCACAAGGAGCUGAUGGAGGAGAUUGAGCUGGCCAAGGUCGACCUGAGGAAGCUGGGCGUUGACGUGGACUAA